UGCGACGUCGUUCUGCUGAAACUACCCUGUGUGUUUACCUUCACUGUCACUUGUGUUCCGUAAACUCGGGACAAUGUCUAUACGUGUGUUAGAGCUCAUCUUCUUUUUCUACUUUGCCUCUCACAUUCCCAUCACGUUAUUUAUCGACUUACAGGCGCUGCUCCCUGGACAUGUGUACCCGCAGCAGCUCAAAGAUCUUCUGACUUGGUAUGCAGAGGAAUAUAAAGACCCCAUGAUGUUGGAUCCUCCGGUCUGGUUCAAGUCCUUCAUUUUCUGCGAGAGUCUGCUCCAAAUUCCUUUCUUUCCCAUCGCAGCGUAUGCUUUCCUAAAAGGUGGCUGUAAGUGGAUCAGGACUCCUGCCAUCGUGUAUUCCACACACGUGGCCACCACCCUGGUGCCGAUCCUAGCCCACAUCCUUUUCUAUCAGUUCCCUAUGAAGCCCCACCCAGGGCCCCAGACUGUGCAGGAGCGCUGGCUGCUGGUCUCCAUUUAUGUUCCUUACCUGCUGGUGCCUGUGCUGCUGCUCCUCACCAUGCUGCUGUCCCCCACUUACAACUCCACCUCCAAGUCUGGAAAUGCAUCAGCCAAGACCAAGAAGAAGAACUGACACAUCAUCGUCUGCCCAACUCUGAAAUCAAAAGAUAUUUUUCUACAUUUCUGAAUGUACAGUUUAUAUGUGAUAUACAUCGAUCGGAGAAGCUGUGUUUUGUACUGCGGAACAUGUAUUAGGAAGAAUGGGCCAUUGUUAAACCAGCCAAAUAUAAAUUUAAAAGGAUUGUGGUGGUGGAUCCUGAUCGUGGUGGCAGCUGUCCCUGGUCUAUGAUUGAAACAAAACUGCUUGAUAUGUUGUUAUGUCUACUCAGAUACUCUACCAUUACUGACAAUAACUCCUCAGUUAAUUUACUUUCCAUCAUGCUACAAACGGUUUCUUGUUUGUUGUAAAUACUCUUAUUUUACUGAUGUUCUCCAUUACACGUGGCAUCUCUUGCACUUCUGUCCGUCCCGGUGUAACAGGCCAUAGAGGUUUCUACGAUCCUUUUCCCUGUUAAAGGGUUUUCAGUAGUUUGUCCUCACCCUUUUUGAGGGUUAAGGACACAGGAUGUCACACCUUAUAUAAUUUGUGAAUAUGGGCUACACAAAUGAAAUGUGAUUGAUGAUUGAAUGUGAAGAACCGAAUCCUUUUUGAGCAGUAAGUCAAAUUUUUUAAGAUUAUUAAUGAGUCUGUAUGAAAUUGGGAUAUAAGUGUAGACUCUCUAAAGGGUAAGUGGUGGCUCAUUGGGACCUGACGGUUGUUCAGUGACUAGAACCAAAAGCAAUAUGUGUCAGCCGUCAGAGCAAUAUGUGUCAGCCGUCAGAAGCCGCUGCAGCCCACUAGUCAUUCAGUUCAUGUAAUUUUGUUUAACCUGAGAAAAAUGAGGAGAGCUGUAAAACCUGUUUACUGGUUAAUCAAAGGUCCUCAGAAAGAAAAGAGACAACUACACUAUUAUUCAAAGUUUACACCUUGUUACUAUCACUGCAAUAAACUAAAGUAAUCUGAACCGAAAACGUUAAGAAUUAUCACAACUCCAUUAAAAUCCCUGGCAGCCAGGUCAGGCAGGGUCAAAGGGGCUGUGUCUUUUCUUCCCUCCUGCCUGUCUCUAUCUCCCUCCCCUGUCUCUCUCUCUCUCUCUCAGGUGCCGCUGUAGGUGUUGCUAAUGAUUAUGAUGAUGAUGGCUGUCAUUAUUGUGGCUUGAGCUGCUGCGUUGGAUCAGCCUAUCAAAACCCAGGGUUCCAAAAUGAAGGGAGCAAGCCCUCAGAGGUCAGGGUCUUUUUGACUCAGUCUCAGAUUGCUGUUUUGCUGUUGCUAUCUGUAAAGUUUGUGGUGGGAGGUUUUCUUGGACAUUAGGUAAGCCGGGUUACCCAAUACACUUUUGCACACACAGAGUCACUUGUACAGACAAACUUGGUGUCACCUGUGUAUUUUGGAGAGCUGCUCCUUUAGAUUUGUUAGUUAGGCAUUUCAGUGGUUUUACUUUAAGAAUAAACAACAGAUCAGAUCGUAUUUUGUUAAAUUCAUUUCAGUUUCUUUGACAAAAACCUUUUCCUCACAUCCCCCACAUUUGUAAAACCCUCCCUUUGUUAACCACAUGCUAAACACUUUUGUCACGUACACCUUUUAACUUUAUUGUUUUUUUAUUUGGUUUCCCUUUGUUUGUCUCUUUUUAAUAAAAGGUAUGUAACAACCAGA